AUGGCUUCUGCCCCGCAAACCAACGGCCACGCGGCCAAGCCUGUCACGAUUGCCGUCGUGGGCGCCGGCAGCCGUGGCACGACAUAUGCAGCGUACGCUCUCGAAAACCCAGAGCUUGCCAAGGUGGUCGCUGUGGCCGAGCCGAGCAGGCACAGACGCGACGUCUUUUCACGCAAGCACAGGCAAGUCGAGCGCGUGCGGGAGACGAGAGGCCAGACAAUGCGCAUCCGACAAGAUUUGCAAUUUUCAAACUGGAAGGGUCUCAAAGCACAAGGCAAAAUUGCUGAUGCAGUUGUUAUCGCGGUCCAGGACCACCAACAUGUCGAAGCUGUGCAAGACUUUGCAGAGCUUGGAUAUCAUAUCCUGUGCGAAAAGCCAAUGGCUACAUCCGUUGCCGACUGUGUCAAGAUUCGUAAUCUGGCACAAGCUACAGCGCCAAAAGUCUUUGCCAUGGGUCAUGUCCUUCGCUAUUCGCCAUAUAACUGUGCCGUCAAGGAUGUCAUUGACUCUGGCGCCCUCGGCGAAAUUGUCAACAUCCAGCACAUUGAGCCAGUCGGCAACCAACACUUUGCGCACUCGUACGUGCGCGGCAACUGGCACAAAGAGGCCGACUCUUCAUUCGCACUCAUGACGAAAUCCUGCCACGACAUUGACAUUGUCAACUUUUACCUCGAUGGACUCAAGCCCACCAAAGUGCACUCCUUUGGCUCGCUUCGCCACUUCAAAAAGUCGCAAAAACCGGUCGAAGCCGGAUCCGCCAAGCGCUGUCUUGAAUGCGCGCAUGAGAAGAACUGUGUGUGGAGUGCUAAGAAGAUUUACAUUGAUACCCUGAAAGGAAACGUCGAAAAGUGGGCGAGACAUUUUGUCGACUCGGAAGUCCUCGACAUUGAAAAUGUGACCGAGGCGCUAAACAGAACAAAUUAUGGCACUUGCGUCUACGAGGGCGAAAACGACGUCGUCGACCACCAAAUUGUAAACAUCGAGUACCAGGGUGGCAUCACCGCCAGUGUCACCAUGUCUGCAUUCACCGAAUCUGUGUGUCAACGCGGCACACGCAUCCAAGGUACCAAGGGCGAGCUAAUCGGCGACAUGACUACAUUUGAUGUCUUUGACUUUCUGUCUAGGACAAGCAAACACUACACGCCCAAGCUAGAUGGCGGCUAUCACGGUGGCGGCGACACUGGCCUAGCCCGUGCCUUUGUGAGCGCGGUCGCGCAAAGCAAUCAGAGCAUUCUGCGUGUCACCAUUGACGACAUUUUGGAUUCGCAUCUGCUGGUGUUUGCUGCUGAGAAAGCGCGCAAGGAGAGCUGUGUCGUGGAUUUUGACCAGUUUAAGCAUGCGAGCACGGACACCAAUGUUUCCAAUUCGAUAAUUGCAGGUUGA